CUCACUAGCUGCUGCAGAUUCCCUUAAAAAGUCCAGAAUAGCCAAACUGUCCUCGUUAAUUCACUGGAAGUGUACACAUUCACUAUCACAUUCAUGGCUUCAUCAAGGAAGUAUGCAGUGGGGUCCCACGCUGGCUGCUACAGAGGAACAGCAAGAACUUUGCUCUACAGUGUUACAGUUACAGGCCUGAGUGGCUAUUCGUACUGUUCUACUAAAGUGAACUUCAAACAUUCAUGCAACAUUUAGGACUGAAACAACAGCAGAUAAUUGUGAGUAGCAUUAACAACAAGCUAACAUUAGUUAUAUGAGUGAUAGCUCUAACUUUUAUAAAAAUCUUCUCAAAACAGGGUGGGUAUAAGAUAUGGUAAAUGUUAUAGAUUUAACCAAGUACUGGAGUAAAAGGAGGAGGAUGAGAAGGGCGUCUACAGCUGUCCUCGGUGCAGAGACACUUUCACUCCCAGGCCUAUUCUACACAGAAACAACAUGCUGGCUGAAGUGGUGGAGAAACUGAAGAAGACUGAAGUCCAAGCUGCUUCUCCUGCUCACUGUUACGCUGAACCUGGAGAUGUGGAGUGUGAUUUCUGCACCAGGACAAAACACAAAGCCAUGAAGUCCUCUCUGAUGUGUCGGACCUCCUUUUGUGAAACUCAUCUUAAACCUCAUCUUGAACUUCCUACUAUGAAAAAGCACACCUUAAUCGAAGCAUCCUCAAAACUCCAAGAGAGAACUGAGAAACAGAGGGAGCUAAAGAAGGAGCAGAUGAAAUCCCAGCAGAGAAUCCAGGAGAAGCAGAAGAAGGUGCAGGAGCUGAAACAGGCUGUGAACAUGAUUAAGUCUCGUGCUCAGGCAGCAGUGGAGGACAGUGAGAUUAUCUUUUACUGAGAUGAUCAGCUUCAUGGAGAAAAAGCGCUCAGAGGUGACGGAGCUGAUCAGAGCUCAGGAGAAGGCUGAAGUGAGUCGAGCUGAACGACUCCUGGAGCAACUGGAGCAGGAGAUCACUGAUCUUAAGAGGAGAGUCACUCAUAUAAAGAGAUCAGGAGGAAAGGAUGGGAUAAAGAGUGUGGGUUUGGAGUCCUGGAGUCUGUGCUGUUCUUCUUCCUCUCUCUCUUUCUAUCACAACGACAUUAAAACUGAGCUCAAAGUUCCAUCAUCCUCCAGAAUAGGAGUGUAUGUGGAUCACAGUGCAGGAAGUCUGUCCUUCUACAGCGUCUCUGACACGAUGAAGUUCUUCCACAGAGUCCACACCACAUUCACUCAGCCUCUAUAUGCUGGGUUUAGGGUUUUGGGAAAUGUGAGGUUGUGUGACCCAAAAUAACGGUGGAUGGAAAAAUUCUUGCUCACUUCCUCAUUGUUCCUCAAUGACUGUGUUAUUUUACUGAGCAGUGCCUUGAUGAAUCCUGUUUGUAGUUUUUGCAAUAAAUGGAAGUCAGUCAUGA